UGGGUGUGACCUGCCUUACAUUCAGUGUUGGCACGCAGUCUGCGAUGUAGGCUUUAUGGGAGAAUGUCGUCGAGCACAUCCAGAAAAUACUUCACGUUUUCGACCUGCUCUACACACAGUAAGAAAGCAAGACCACUGAAGUUCGUUUCGCGUCUGACAUUUUCGGCUCCGCUCUCGAACGUCAGCUCGAAAGCGCUUUCAGCUUGUAGCGGAACUGCGCGAGAAGCUGUUCAAGUGUAAAUGGGCGCUCACUACGGCAUGACUUUAGGUUUUAACAAAAUAGCUUAUUGAGACCGGAAAGGACACUUCCACUGACGAUAUGUAUACUCUUGGAGCCUGCAAUGUGCUCCUCCAGAUGCGUGAUAACCAUUGUCUACUGCUACUUCCAUCAAUCUUUGCAACGAGUGCAUCUGCACGCCAUCCCCGAGCUUCUGACAAUUCUUGUUCGUUACUUCCGAUUAUUUAAUUUUUUGCUUACAUUUUUUUUUGCACAGCACUACGAGAAGCACGGGCGUCAAAAUUGCUUGAUGGCUUCAAACAUGGAUUGAUAUGGCUUGACAGAUGGCAAGCUAACGCAGAAAUAUUCUUUCUUUCUUUUUCCUUUCUUUCUUUCUUCAUUUCUUUCUUUCUUUCUUCAUUCUUUCUUUUUUACUAUGCACUUUCUCUUCCCACUGAAAACAAGGGACAAUAGAUUAUAGCCGUGACGUGUACUAUGGUGAAAUGUCAAUCCGCCAAGUUCCAGUGCAACGAGGUCCUCUACACCGUCGCAGUUAGAGUCAGGCAACGCGCAUGCUGAGUUGGAAACAAAAGAAACAUGUCACAAGAUGGCAGGGCUGUUGUAGAAAGACCAGACUUAAAACCAGAAGGACAAACUGACGUUGAAAGGUGGAAAUGGAACCGGAUGAAGGUGUUCCACUGGGUGUUGGUUGCGUCGGCCGUGAUCUACGCCAUGUGGAGAUUUUCGAUGAACGAAGAGAAUGCGUUCCUCCAGCAAGAAAAGCGAGGUGGGUUCAGACCCAGCCCGUACGGCCUUCAGCAAAAACAGGAUGACACGAACUGGGAUUGGACGACCGUGCGAUCUGUUGUUACGUCGAAUUGGAAGUGGUUCAUUCUGCACCCUUUGCUGAGCAGGGCAACCGCCGGCAUCGCGCCGUCGCUAGUGCCGGUGUUCUACGCUGUCUACACAUCGCUCUUUGUGGCUCUCCGGAUAGGCUGGGAAGUGGCACUCGCUUUUUUGGGACAGCACACUGCGUUCCUUGCCUUGUCCGCCCUGCGCGUGCCCGCGUUCUGUUACGUCCUCGCAUUUCUCAUGAUCGUGCAGAAGAAUUUCUUUGAGACAACCUUCUUCCACCACAUCUUCGACAAAUACGGGUACGAGGCUCACAUGGUGACCUACAUCGCCUUCCACUGGAACAUACUGCGCUGCCUUAGUUUCAGCGUAGACCUAAUCCGUGCUGAGCGAAACAAGCCCGAGGAGAGUCGCACCACGUGGCCACCAUACUGGAAGACGUUGGCCUACGUGAUCUACAUGCCAAUGGUGUACCUGGGACCACUUCAAAACUACGAUGACUACUCGGCGCAGGUAGACAAGCCAAGGCCACCAUGCACUCCACGCGAAAUAGGCGCCGCCAUCUUGGGUGUGCUGCGGAGCGCGGUGCACUUUCUUCUGAUGGAAGUCAUGACCCACUACCUCUACAGUUCGGCCAUGUCCGAGUGGCCCUGGAUGGUCGGGAAGCUUGAUCCCACCAGCCUCGUCGGCUUCGGCCUUGCCCUACUGUUCUUCUUCUACGUUCACUACACGUUCGCCUACGGCUUCGCCGGUGCCCUGGCCCGUGCCGAAGGAAUCGAGAUCCCGCCGCGCGCCAAGUGCAUAGCGAGGCUGAACCGAUGCUCUCAGUUCUGGAGGUACUUUGACAGAGGAAUGCACCUAUUCAUUCGAAGGUAUUUCUACGAGCCCGUGGUAGGCAGCUGCAGAGGCGCUGGGUGGCUACUGCUGGGAGCUGCGGCAUCGUUCGCCUUCACCUGGUUCUGGCACGACAUGGAGAAGGCGGACGGGAUAUUUUGUGCGCUCAGCCUUCUCGGCAUCGCCCUGGAGGUACUAGUAGCCGAGGCCAGGAAAUCGGCGUUCGCCAAAGCACUCGAGGGUCGGUACCUGGCGACGCCUGGACGAAUGCGAGAGGCAAGAGCAUUGCUGGGCUCCCCACACUACCUGCUCACCAUCUGCGCUUGCAUUUUCCAUCUGGCUGAAAUGGACGUCGUGCUGAUCCUCUGCAGAGGAGUACUUCUUGGUUUUCCCUUCCCACUCGUACCUGUGUUGGUGGUCCUGUACAGCGCCUGCCACAUGUCCUUCGACGUUGCAGAGUGGGAAGCAACCGCAAAAGGAAAAAAAGCAUAGCAACUACGAGACACCGCGUUCUUCUUCGAAAUCAUGCGCCCUCCCACGCCGCUGGAGGGGAAAGCCAGUCUCUUUCUAACCUUUCCUUGUAGAUCCCAGAUAUUGUGAAAUUUCGCUCCGUAGCUAGUUCCUUGUUUUUUUGCCAAUAAAGAAUACGUUCAUUUGAAACUUA